AUGACAAAGGCUGUAAUGGUGAGGUCUUACCUGCUCUAUUUACUAACUCUUGCACUCUGUUGUGCUUGUGGGUUGGUAUUUGCUGAUCAAACGAAACCUGUUAUAGCUACUGGUAAUCAGCUCGUUGUUUGUUUUCCCCCUUCGGUUCCUAUUCUUCUUACUAAUGGAUCUUACAAGUGUGGUAGCUGCAGUGAACUCGCGCAACAGGACUCUAAAUUAUGCUCUGGCGUUUUGAGAGAAGAAAAGAAAGAAAUGUUAGAAGAACACCAGAUGGCUUCAGAUCGAAGAAAGAAUGAGAACGCUGUACAUCAGGUCUCCCGUGAACCCACAAAUAGAGACGGCAGCAUCCCAUCAGUUAAUUCCGUGANCCCAUGUUACUGCUGA